UGCCGCCGCGCGCACACCGGAGCUGUCCGCGCCCCGGUGCUGCAGCUCCCGCUCCCGCUCCCGCCGCCGCCGCCGCUGCCGUUCUGUUCCCCGGUGAGCCCGGCCCCGCCAUGGGCGGCGGGGCGGCGCGGAGGCGCUGAUCCCCGGCAGCCCGGACAAGCCGGUUGGUCGACCCCGGGAACUCGGCUCCGCUACAGCCCGGGAAGUCGGUACUCCGGGAACUCACGUCCCCGGUAUCCCGGCUCCCCACGGGAACUCCUCGCUACGCCGGCAGUCCGGGAACUCGGUACUCCGGCAGCCCGGGAACUCGGCCCCGUUGACCCCGGCUCCUCGGUAACCCGGUACUCCGGCUCCCCGGGAACUCGCACCCGCAGCACCCCAGCUUCCCGGUAACUCCCGGCAGCCCAGCACCGAGUAUACCUCGGCUCCUCGGCACUCCGGCUCGCUCCUAGCCCCGUUCCCCGGGCUCCCCCGUAACUCAGCAUCCCCAUCUUCCCCACCCCUCGGUACCCCAGAACCCCAUCUCCCCAUUAACCCCGGUUCUCCCAGUUCUGCAGUAGCUCCGCUCCCCAGCUCCCCAGCACCCGGGCUCCCCCGGCCCCCGGGGUCCCCGGCCCCCUGCGACCGCGACCAUGGCGUUCAUGGUGAAGAGCAUGGUGGGGGGACAGCUGAAGAACCUGACGGGUGGCCUGGGUGGCGAGGAGAAGAGCGAGGGCGAGAAGUCUCCGGCCGAGGCGCAGGGCAUGACACGCGAGGAGUACGAGGAAUAUCAGCGGCAGCUGGUGGAGGAGAAGAUGGAGAGAGAUGCCCAGUUUGCCCAGCGCAAGGCGGAGAGGGCCACGUUCAGGUCCCACUUCCGAGACAAGUACAGGCUCCCCAAGAAUGAAACGGAUGACAACCAGAUCCAGCUGGUGGGAGGUGACGUGGAGCUGCCCAAAGAGCUGGCCAAGAUGAUCGAGCAGGACAACGAGGAGGAGGAAGAGAAGAACUCAGUUAUCGGCCAGCUCAGCAACAUCCAGAACCUGGACCUUGAUUCCUUGAAAGACAAAGCUUCAGCCACGCUAGAGGACCUGAAGCAAUCGGCUGAGAAAUGCGCCGUGAUGUGACCCAGCUGAACCCCCCCUCCUCGUCAACGUGACGGUGGGGGAGAAGGGAGGGGAUGCGGCGAAGGGUCUGGCGGUGGCUGUUGCCUGCAGCGGGGACCCCACUGAUGUUGUCACCCUUGCCUUGUGUGAGUCGGGUCCUCCUUCUGAGCCAUGUGAAGCCUCGAGUCCCUGACCCAGAUGUCCCUGAUGUGUGGUUUUUUGUUUUGUUCUCCGGUCUGAGGUUAGAGCAAUGAGCCAGCAUGCCCCCCCCUCCCUGUAACCCAAUGCCUCCUCCUGUGCCCGUGGCAGUGGGUGUCUUUAGCGAGAGCUGGGGUGGGGUGGGGGGUUUGCAGGGAAGGAAAGCCCCGAGUGACCUUGGAGUGUUAUUGAACCACAUCAGCAUGGGAAGGCAAAGGCUUUCCAGCAGAGCGGUGGCCAUACACCGUGUCUCUGCCUCCACAUUUCGACCGAGCCUCCUAGAAAUGACAGGGAGGCUCCAAUUUGCUUUGCAAGGACAAGGCACAAUGCGAAAUGCCCCCCACACACCCCCUGCAUCCCAUACCCAUCGCAGGAGAAAUAACAUCCCGUCCGUGCAAGAAAUACCAACCACUUUGCCCUUGAGGGCCCCUCUCAAAGGAGUCAGCUGGGAAGGACCUGCUAUAUGAUCCCAUUUAGCCCAGCAGCAACGGAGGUGUUGAGGAUCAGAGGGAUAAAGCCUGAAUUAGUGCCAGAGAGGAAUAAAACCCCUCCUCGGUGCUCAUCUGAACCCACACCAGCCCUUCCCCGGAGCGGUGGUGGCAUACCCUCCCUCUCCCAGGGUGGGAUCCACUCAUGUCCUUGUUCCUUCCAGGAGAAGAGCAAAGUGAUAAGGGGAAAAAAAAAAAAAAUCUCCUCCUCCUCCUCUGUUGUGCUGUAGUUGUGUGCUGUGCUCAUUUGAGUGUCUCUCCACCUCCUAUGCUGUCCCCGUGCCAUGGUACUGUUAUAACCGGUGGAAUAAAUAUCAGGAGAUGUCUAUGCA